AUGGUGUUGGCAACAGUCUACACCAGAAGUCGUUGGUCAGACCUUCAGCAUGUGUUGCAUGAUCAUGACGAUUAUGGCGAACUUGCAUUUCUUGAAUUUCAUAUCAAUGAACACAAGUGCAAGUGGUCAAGCGCAUUCAGAAACUCUUUUCUGCCGGCCAUUUGCCCUGCUUACGGAAUUGCAGAUCACGAUUGGGCAGCAGUUUGGGUUGAAGUGCGUGAGCAACUUGGGAUCUGUUUUGACGACAACUUCCCAACCAUGCCGGCUCCGAACGCAGACAACAGUCCGAGUCGACGGCCGUUGACGACAGAUGAGAUGAAGAGCUGGACCCGUAUGUUGUUGGCUCGGUGUGAGAUCGACCUGACCGACCGGAGGAUCACUUCCCACAGCUGCAAGUGCACAUUGUUGAGUUGGCUGUCCAAGCAUGGUGACCUUUGGGAGGAUAGGCAAGUGCUUGGUGGGCACGUGUCUUUUAUCAAGUCGACUAUCACUUACAGUCGUGAAGCCAUGGCCAGACCUUUGCGAGUCCUGGAGGAGCUGCUCAAUGAUGUGCGUGUUGGCCGUUUCCGCCCAGAUGAGACCAGGAGCGGAAGAUUCAGGGACGUGGUUCUGGAGGGUUGCACCAUGGACGAAUCCUUCGCGUCAACACCUUUUUCACUCGUUGGUGAAUGGGUCGAAGCUAGUGAGCCUUGUAACAAACCACGAGAAGUUGAGGUGACCAACCAGAGCCGAGAGUCUGCCGAAAUCAUUGAGGUCGACCCUGACAGCCCGAAGAGGGAAGAGGAGGACAAUGCAUCAUCAGAGGCGCCGGAUACAUCCACAAGCUCAGAUGAGAGUGCCGCUGUCCUCAGUGGGGCCAGGAGACCGCUGCGUGUUCCUACCGUGCCGGACUCUUUGAAGCUUGUGCAGCAUACGAAGCUUCGAACUUUGCAUUGCAUGGAGAAGGAACACCAGCUCAUCUUGUUGUGUGGUCGCAAAGCAGUGCCAGAAAGAUACGGCGUGGUGGAGGAGGUAACAGCAGGUGAUGUGACAGAGCCUGGCAAGACAUUGCCCUUCAUCGAGAAGCAGAGGAGGUUGAGAGCUCAGCAAACGCGCAUCACUGGAAUCAGUCAUAAACACGAGCAGCAGGCCUCUCAUGCUUUGAUUGAUGCAGCCUUCAACAUUCUGGAGACCGGUGCAGUUGUUUACCUGCCACCUUCGAAGUGUGGCUCGCGAGAUGCUGAAAUCCAGUCAGAAGCAAAGAACAAGCAGAAGCAGUUAUUGACUUUGGAGCAAGGAACUAUCAAGGCCACAGCCUCAGAUGCCCUGGUCUCUGUGGACAUUGGGACUGAGAUGAAGUUGAUGUACGCCCUUCAGCGCCGGGGACUUGCGUUUGACUUAGUCAAUCUUGUGUCUUGGCCAGUGCAUAUGGAAUGGGUCAACAAACUCUUUAGAGCACUCAUGUCUGAAGCAGUCCCAGGGUUUAAUAGCAUCACCUUGCAGCAGUUGCUUCGCGCCGAUCAGGAGCUAUUCCUAACCAUAGCAGCCGAAUUUGAUGGUUCGCUCAAGGGGGCAAACGUUGGUGAUCCGCCACCUCUCGAUGCAGUCAUUCAAAGGUUGAUGAAUGACCCUCGCAUCAAUAUUCAUUUAACCCCAACUGCUAGAGGUGAGAAACGUAGCAUUCAGCAAGAAGGUGACAAGGUGUCCAACCCGCCCCCGAAGAAGCAGAAGCAGCCCAAGCCGGGUGCCCAGCGUUCGCCUGGCCAGUGGAAUGCGAUUGACAAGGACCCAGGCCGUUCAGAAAACUUUCCGGUGUACAUUUGUGACAUUACCAAUGAAGAGCAGUUCUUGAAUUUGCGCACUUAUCUGGAAAAAGAGAGAAGUGCCAUCUUGCAUGCACACUUUGCUCCAAGCUGUGGUACUGCUUCGCGUGCAAGAGAACGGCCAAUUCCAGGUUUCAAAACCGCUCCAAAGCCUUUGAGGAGUGAUGCUCGUCCAGAUGGCCUACCCAACUUGACGGAGUCGGAGCAUCAAAGGGUGUCAGAGGCAAACAGAAGUUAUGCAGCGAUGUCGGAGCUUAUUUUUGCUUUGGUGGAAUUGGGAGUCAGCAUCAGCAUUGAAAACCCUCGCAACUCUUUGUUGUGGAAGACUUCCUUCUUAAAGCAUUUGUUGGGCAAGUUGCCAACCUACCAUGUUUGCACUUUUCACCAUUGCACGCACGGGGGAAAGCGUGAUAAAGACACUGCUUGGUAUAGCUUCAACCCGCGUGAUCCGCAGAGGGAUUUGUUCGCGAGCUUGGCACUGAAGUGUAACAAACAACACCAACACGCGCCCUGGAAACCCUAUGUGGAUGCCUCAGGGAAACGAAUUUUCCCAACAGCAGAUGAAGCCGCUUAUCCGCACUUGCUGUGUGAGCGCGUUGCAUACAUCUUGAGGACAGAGGCCACAAAGGCGGGCCUCAUUUUUCCCACUGACUUGCACCAACAGUUGGACCACACCAAUGUCAGUGCAAAACGCCAGCUGUUUACAACACAACCUAGAGGUCGUCGUCUCAGGCCGUUGGUCUCUGAGUUCUCGGGUUAUGUAACGGUGGUAACCUUGCCUGAUAGGUGUGGCACGGAUGGGCAAUGUGAAGUAGUGAACAUUGGCAUCCCAAGGGAACCCAGUGAGUUUAUACAAGAAGCCUUGAACAAGGGUCACCCUAGAGACAUCAUUGCAAACAUACGGGACGCCGAGCGGGACCUGCUUUUGAAUUUGGUGCAUCAACCUUGCUCUGUUCGUUUCCAAAAGCGUGCAGCCUUCAUGAAGAAAUGGCUUAAGAGAUCCUUGGAGCUGAAAGAAAGCGAGCAGAAGUUGCGUGAUUCCCUUGCGCCACACUUGGUCCCCAUCCUGAUGGGUAAACGGCUCUUGUUGUGGAAGGAGAUCUUGAUUGACCUUGCAUACUCUGACGUAGCCGUUAUCGAUGAUGUUGUAAAAGGGUUCGCAUUGACAGGUUGGGCGCCGCAAACUGGAGUGUUCCACAAGCAUGUUCGAAAGCCCAGUUUGACAACCCAGGAACUGCGGAAAAGAGCAGCCGGUUUGAAUGCGGCGGUCACGGGCUCGUUGGAAAACAGCACUGAAGGUCCGCAUGAUCAGUAUGCUUGGGACGAAACCAUGGAAGAGGUUCAGAAGGGGUGGCUCGGUGUUAGCGAUGGGUCGAGUGAAUGUGUCAUUGCCAAGCGUUUUCCUCUGGUGGAAGGAAGCAAAGUGCGAUUGAUCGAUGAUUUCUCGAUCUGUGGAGCCAAUUCUGCCUACGGUAUGACAGAGAAGCUUCGGGUUCAAAGCAUAGAUGAACUCAGAGCUUACCUUGCCUACAUCCUUGACUCUACCGAAGGUGCUGCAUGCCCUGCUCUGGUAGGACGCACGUUUGAUCUUAAACAUGCUUACAAACAGUUUGGUGUGGAUGAGUGGCGCAGCAAGUUUUUGAACAUCGCAGCGCGGAAACCCGGCGGCUCGUACGGCCUGUUCAAAGUCUACGCACUGCCGUUCGGAGCUUCAGGAAGCGUCACCAGUUUCCUCAGAGUUGCUUGCAGCAUCGCAUACAUUGGCACAUAUGGUUUGGACAUCACCUGGACUAGUUUCUUUGAUGACUUUACUGUACUGUGCACACAGGAGGAGGCUGAUAACAACGGAUGGUACGUUGAGUCAUUGUUUAAAUUGCUUGGAGUCGAAUACGCCGCCACAGGUGACAAAGCUCCACCCUUCCAAAGUGCUUUCAAGUCCUUGGGUUUGAUAAUAGAUGUCUCAACGGUCACUUCAGGAACCUUUUCGAUACAGCAUACCUCGAAGAGGCGUGACGAGUUGCUCAAUAGCUUAUGCUCCAUUCUGAAGGCAGCAGCCGCUGCUCCAAAAGAGCUCGAACGAUUGCAUGGGAGACUAUAG